AUGUCACAAGAAAAUAAAUCUCCCAAUGGAAGAGCGAUUAUUCUCUCAGAUAAAGCAAGACCUUUAGCAAAUUAUCCUCACGCUCGAGUCGCAGGAGGACUAAUUUUUGUAUCUGGUGUAUCUUCACGAAAGCCCGAUAAUACAUAUGAAGGGGUAAAGGAGCUUCCUGGUGGAACGUUAGAACUUGAUAUUAAAGCGCAAACAAAAGCUGUAAUUGAAAACAUAGAGACAAUCCUCAAAGAAGCUGGUGCAUCAUUAAAAAAUAUUAUAGAUUUGACAGUUUUCUUAGUGAACAUGGACGAUUAUCCAGCCUUUAACGAAGUUUACAAUACUUAUUUUGAAGCACAAACUGGACCUGCUCGAACCACAGUGGCUGUUAAACAACUUCCUUCGGCAA